AUGUCGUCAGUUGCCAAACCUGGUGCAAGAUUCCCUCUCGAGGACAACAGAAUUUCAGCCUUCUCGCCUCAUGUCCAGGCUCAUCUAAAGCACUUCUUUGACUCAACGAACGUGUCCGGGAAUAAUGAAACAUUUCUUCGGGCCAUCCAGCGCGAAACUCCAGGGGAACAACAUGAUAUCAGAACAUACGAUGACUUCAUGGUUUACAUGUCAUCUGCAUACGCUCAAGCGCCCCCUGAACCACAAGAUCUGUCGCUACCUAUGAACAAUUACUUUAUCAGCUCGAGCCAUAAUACCUAUCUUACUGGCAAUCAAUUGUAUAGCGAAUCAAGUACCAAGGUUUAUAGAGAUAGUUCAAGCGGCGCCACUCAUUUCCACAGACUUGUUGAAAUGGGACAGAUUGCCGCUUCAUGUUACAACUGUACUCCGAGUGGACAUUAUCAGUAUGUUCCAGCAUUCCGCCAUUUUGGCAGCAAUAUUAGUCUAGUACAUUAUAUUGGCAUGCAGAAGCCGUGGAAUUUACCGCGACAAGCCUUCCCACUGGAGAGCCCGUAUAAUCAACUUCUGGGGAGGUGGUGGGCCACUUACGAUAGACAUUAUAGACCAGUGAAGCCUACUUGUCGAAUACCUGAAGCUCAUGCAGAACAGAUUCCCGGAGCCCCAGGUGGGCGUGAAUGGGGUCAGUCGGCUGAAUCGUUGGAAACCAUACAUCCCCCCGAGACGCCCUAUGAACAAGUUCGACCACAAACACAUGUCCACCCACUUGGUUCUUCGGCUUUUACUCCCGCUGAAGUUGGAGCUGAAGUUGGAGUUCAUGCUAAAGCUGAUAAAGCCAUCCAGCAAGGCGACGAACCGCAUGACGUUGGGCGCGCGCUCUCGCCCAAAAUUCCACAUGUACUAGAAAUUGACAAUUCUGCAGCUUCUGAUGAAAAUAGUGCGAUUAUAGCCAGACCAACGAGUUUUAUCCCCCAACCUAAAGCCCCUGAAAAGAGCCAUGAGUUUGCUAUCAGCGCUGUCCCACAAUACGUCCAUGGUGAAGAACACGUGUCGGUCUACCGACAUACUGCUCCUCUCCUUGAUAUCGUUUCCGAUUCGAAGGAAAUAUCAAUUCCUAAAAGCCUUCCUAUUACUGGCAUGGCAGACGUACCUGCACUUCAACAGUUGCCACAGGGGCCCACUGAAUCGACUAAACAACCAGAACUUGGACAUAUCACAGCUUAUUCCGAGGAGCCUGAGUCACCUAAGGCGGCACCAGAGACAUCAUUCUCACCGCCAAAGGCUGAAUGGGACCCUUCCCGGGCACCUCCCCCCACGGAUUCUAAACCCGAGGCAUUCAGUUUACCUUCACAUACAUACGCUAUGUCACAGGAUAUUCAACUUUUCCAACCACCAAAGUCAUACCCGGAGGUUCCUAAAAAUAUGUACUACCAAGUACCCCCUAGGCAGCAAAAGACAAAAACAUUAGCCCCCAUAUUCCCAUGGGAAACUUACGCCCCAAAACCCACCCGCGUUUUCUUGGACGAAUCUAUAGAACUCGGUAUAGCAUCAGAUUCACAUUCAAAAUUAUUAGCCAAAGGGAAAGAUGGAAUAGAGGGUUUACCUGACUCUGCACCAUCACCGUCAGCUGGCCCACCGCCUUCCAUGGAUCCGUGGCUGAACUACGUUCACUCAAACGCGUGGGACGAAAUUCCCGAAAUUGUGGGAUACAUGCGUUCCAUUCAGAGGCCGCGGAGGGGGCAAGUCCAGGUCUUACAAGGUGGGGUAACCAGCACCACCGGAGACGGUUUCGGAACAGAACAUGAAGGUCGAAGGCCCAGCUUAAGGCUCACAGAUUUCCCCACGGAAAUAGAGCGACCCAGUCUUACUGUUACACCUGCGCCUGUCCAGCGAUCGAAAUACAUGGGCAAGUCGUAUUCCAAGAUCGAAGGAGGAAAAGGAGAAGAGAUGAUGAUAGCUUGCCUCUGCCGCUGGUAUUCCAUCGCAGGAGAACUGGGCGCCAGUCUGCGUUACUUGAUGAAACACGUGGUGGGCCUCUCGAGUUUGAGGCGCGAGCUAUUCCGAGUCGUAGAAUGCCAGGAGAAGGAGAUACUGUGGAAAGGAGGGGAUGACUGGAAUGGAUGUGUGGCUUUCCGCUGCCAAUGUGUCGUACACAGCAAAGUCAUCUAA